UGCAUAUCCCCCCGCACACACGCACACACACACGUUCUUAUCGCUGAAGCUCAUCCCUCAAGCGCACAUCGAGAGUCGUUACGGAAGAUGGCAAAGCCACGUAGUUGGAUGCUCCUAGCCUGUGGAUUGUUGCUGUUAACUUUUUCGUACUACGCAAUCUACAUGGGUAUAACAAACGAGUCUUUCGAGUACGAAUCUUCAGAGCUCACGACAAGGACGCUCGAAUGUCCCAUUCCUGACAAUGGAGAUGUCUGCAUUCAUCAUCAAGCAAACAUAGAAGACUUCGUGCAACUGUGUAGAAACAUCCUUCCGUCAGUCGGUACCUGUCAAGAUCGGACGUACGGAGCGAUUGUGACCACCAAGCGAUUCAUCACAGAGGCCAGCAACAACACAUAUACGAUGAUUGUGCAAGGAAAACACCUCGGGAAAGAGAUGGAUAACUUCGUGCAAACAAGGUCUCAUUGGAUGAUUGACACCAUGGGCGAGAAAGGAUAUGAGGCGCUGAGGUCGUUCGCCGAUACCGAGCGUCUCGCCCUGCAGAAGGAGCUGGAUCGACUACAACAUCGAUGCGUCCGUUUCUUUAACGGAGCAGUUGGUUUUAACGGUUUCGGAUCCAACUGGCACAACUUGGGUCUGGGGCUUUCCUAUGGCCUGCAUUACAACAUGACGCUGUCGCCUCCACACAAGUUCGAAAACUUCAUACCCAUGACGACAUGCACCUACAAAGAAAUGGAAAGGGCUUUCAACGAACACUCUCCAGAGCUUGAAUACUCCAGAUGGAAUGUCUCCACGGUCAACUUCAAAUCUCUUCGCGAAGACGUCAUGCUUCUGAUGGAGAACGUAACCAUCAUCAGGCCUGAAUUUCAGCACAAGGGCCAUUUCUGGUGGAGAUCUAUGUUGACCUAUUAUGCCGUACGGCCCAAUUUCAGGAUGGGGAAGCUAAUCAGGCAGUCUGCAGUCGUAAAAACUCCCUGCAUCUCCAUCCAUGUGAGACACUCGGAUAAUUUUUCAGAGGCUAAGCCCAUUGCAUUCCCAGAGUACAUGAAGCAGGCCGCUUUAAUGAGGAACAGGACAGGAAUAUCGAAUAUUUAUCUCAUGACGGACGACGAACAUGUCAUAAAGUCGACCAAACAUUACCCCGACUUCCAGCUCCGCUACAUGAAUGUAACAAGGUCGAAUAAGGGAUGGGCCGUCGACAGAGGUAAGGGUUUGUCCAUGGAUUAUCAGGAGAGGACUUUUCUGGUUGACCUGUUUUCGGCCGUACAAUGCCAACACAGCAUCGUCACAUACUCCAGCAACGUUGGUAGGCUCAUCGCAGAAGUCGGGUACGCGAUACGAAACAAAGAACCUGACGUCGUGUCUAUGGACAUGGAAUGGAUGAUGCAACCAUAGAAUAUAUAUAUAUUUUUAACGAGAAUCCUCAAGAAAGUAGCUCGUUUCUCUCCGAAAAUAUGUCACCGAAGUCGCUCUUCCCGCGAAGACGUGCAGCCUCUAAACUAAAAGUGUGCUUGCAAACACACAUUAAUGGAAAAUAAAGCAAGACUAAUGUAACUAGCUAUGCGAUAUGAGUUAUGAAACCAAGACGCCUCAAGGCAACAUAGUUGGCAGGGG